GGACACAGGACAGCUAGUAUGCGUGUCUAGCAGCAGGGAGACAAGUUUGGUAUAACACAUCUGCAUCCUAAAAUCAUCAAACAGAAACCAAUAUGUGGACUCUAAAGUUUCUACGUUUCGAUCAGGUCCCGUCUGAUUUUCGGGAGCCUUUCAUCAUCUCGGGGUACCGUUCAUACCGCAGCAGCGCGUCGUCCUGCUUGGCCAGCGCCCUCCAGCGCACCAACGAGACCGUCAACUUCUGGACUCAUUUCAUCCCCGCCCUUAUCUUCGCCCGCCUCACGUGGUUCGUCGCCGUCACCGACCACGGGCUCGCCCUAGAUCCCUUCACAUGGCCCGUCAUCGUCUUCCUACUCGGAGCCUGUUUCUACAUGACGGCCAGCUCCGUGGCCCACAUGUUCAAUAGCAUGUCGCAGUGCGCUAGAUAUAUAUUUUUCUUCAUAGACUACUGCGGUGUCAGCUUAUACAGUCUGGGUACCUGUAUAGCUUAUUAUGCCUACGCCUUUCCGCCAGAAUUACUGGAUACACCUCUUUACCACGCCUACCUUCCCGUUGCCAUGGUAACAGCUCUCUGUAGCACUUACCUUGCAUGUUGUAGCCGCUUCUCCUCCUGGCCGCCCCUCCGAGACGCCGGUCGUCUGCCAGCGUUUGCCAUACCCUACAUCUGGUGCAACGUCCCCCUUGUCUAUCGCGUCAUCUACUGCGAGUCGACGGGGUGCGGCAGCGAGGCUCUCUUCUUCCACAUCCAGCAAUUCUACUGGGUACUCGGCUUCGCUUUCUUCUACGCCACACGUGUUCCCGAGGUCAUCGCGCCCGGGACCUUCGACAUCAUCGGUCACAGUCAUCAGUUCUUCCACAUCGGGAGCAGCAUCGCCAGCUACUGUCAAUACCUUGCUUUGAUCGCAGAGUUGACGGAGCGCGCCCAUUACCUCGACGACCUCCGUAGACCGACGUUCGUGACGACGUUCGGUGUUUUACUCACGGUGCUCGUUGGCAACCUCGUCAUCGUAUGGAUUCUCUCGCGACGGGUGAUCCAGAUGUCGCGUUCAAAAGCAACAAAUCAUAAAGACUAAAGUUUUCUGAGUGUACCCUGGUAAUGUUUUUUUAAUAAAACAUAAAAUAAGAUAAACAUAUUUUUGUACAUCAUUAUACAGGGUAACUUUGCUUGUUUCUUCUCUUAUUUAAUAACUUAUUAAAUCAACUCAAAGUUAUUCUCGCAAUAGAGUUGAAUAAUAUCGAGAAUCAUGAUACACGAUAAUUUAGGACUUUAGGGACCAUCCACGCCCCCCCCCCCAACAAAAAAUAAUAACAAACGAAUGAACUCGGAAUUAGGGUGUAACAUCCGUUGGCGUAUCCAGGAAUAGCUAGAGGGGCAUCAUAGGGGCUCCGGUCUUAAUGGUAUAUAGAUGAAAUAUAAAUUUAUUGGGCUACUGAAUAUGAACGUGUAUACACGACAGCAACCUCUUAUAAGAGGUUGCUGGUGUCUUUUUCACAUUAACUUCUCCCUUUCCAUUUUUUUCUCUCUCCUUUUCCCUUUCCUCCAUUUUUUCCAAUUUGAUUGUAGGACACGUGCCCUUGUAGCAUACGUCACUGGGUAUCUUCAUUGCCGAUUAUCUGGAUCCAUCCACAAAAUUAUAACUAUCUGAAAGAUGAAUAUUAUCAUGAUCCUAAAAUAUAUAAUUACAUUACAAAAUUGAACUUUAGCAUCAAAAAUACGACUAUGACACGAAUGAUUGGUUCUUCCCCUUUUUCUUGAUACUAUCAUGAAGCAUCAACAUGAUAACGAUUCAGAGUGGAUAAGGACUAGCUAAACAAAACGAGUUGUUAGGGCUCAUCAUAAAUGGAAAUUGAGAUGGGAUGUACAAUACCGGAUAGUUUCUGUUCGUCCACAAUGGACAAUUACAGACAGUCCAAGAUACCUAUUAAAAUGAUCAGUCAGUCCAUCAUUUGACUUCAUUGGUGAGCUAUAAUAAUAAUAAUAAUAAUAAUGUAACUUGUAUCUUUCAUUUUGAUUAAUGUACAUAAUUUAUGUAGAACUUCAAGUUCAUGUUCUUGUAUUAAGUGUGGGAAUCGUAUCAGAAAAUUAAAACUCACAACCACACAAAUACCUUGAUUCCAAGAUGAAUUAAAUCCGUUUUAAUGAAUAAAAUCAAACUCUUCAUAUUUUGCUGAAGUAUGGAAUGAGAAGUAUGUUCACUUCGCCCUAUUGAUUUAUAUUAAAAAAUGUCACCCUGAAUAAAAGCAUGUAUUUGAAAUCUAUUUACAAGUUUACCCUGAUGUUCAUAAAAUUGUACAAUCUUGAAGUCAAUAAUUCAUUAUGUGUGUAUAUCAUUAGAAAUGAUCACACGAAAAAACAUUUU